AUGAAAGCUGAAGAUGGUGAAAAUUAUGCCAUUAAAAAGCAGGCAGAGAUCCUGCAAGAGUCCCGAAUGAUGAUCCCAGAUUGCCAGCGCAGGUUGGAAGCUGCAUAUACCGAUCUUCUGCAGAUACUAGAGAAUGAAAAAGACUUGGAAGAGGCUGAGGAAUAUAAAGAAGCACAAAUAUGUAAUGAUGACCCACCUACACUCAGAAAUGCCAUAUUGAAAGUCUCUGCAUACAAGAUCGGCACCUCAUUAAACUGUGAAUGCAAGGUCGGCUUCCGUAGAAAGACGGGCAUGAUAACCUGUGUGGGAAACUUUAGCCAAACUUCCUGGGACAAGAAAUGUCAAUGUGAAAGCAUUUCCCCUGAGAACGAGAACACAGAAAAACAAUUUGUACCUAACCCUGAAGAACAGAAGGAAAGAAAAACCACAGAAAUGCCAAGUCAAAUACAGCUCACAGAUCAAGUAAAUCGCCCAGGUUACUGUGGGGAGCCUCCAGCAUGGGAACACGAACCCUCCCAAAGAACUUACCAUUUUGUGGUGGGGCAGAGAGUUGACUACCAUUGUGUCCAGGGAUUCAGGGCCUUACAGAGAGGUCAUGCCACGAGUGUCUGCUUAGAGGCCUGUGGGAGCACAAUGUGGACACAGCCCAAGCUCACCUGCACAAGGGAAAAGACGAACGGUGUGAUUUCAGGUGACAAAGAGCCUCAAGUCAGCACUGAUGAUCCUCCUAAGAUUGAAAUUGCCUGUCCCUUAUCAACAACACAUACUACAAGCAUGACAGAUUUUCAAAAACACACAGAAGUGGCUACAACCAUGGAGACCUUCAUCUAUACGACUGAGUAUCAGCUAGCAGUGGCCGGCUGCAUCCUCCUGCUCGUCAGCAUCCUCUUUCUGAGUGGGCUCACAUGGCAGUGGAGAUGGUGA